CAGGACGUUUUGAUUGCCAUCAUUCUUGGCACACUCAUGAUGAUUGCAAAUGCGGACUUCUUCUUCUCUCAUUUCCGGAUCUACAAGAUCUACGUCGUGCUGCGAAGAUCCCUCUUCAAGGACGUGCUCGGAGCUGCUUUUUUGGGUCUCGGAUGUUUGGCUUUGCACGGCCUAUGGCCUGAUGCCAAGGGUCCCGGCAUUGCGUUGCACUUGGCAUCCCUAGCAGCUUGGGUAGGAUGCGGCGUGCAGACCAACCCCCUCCUCUCAGCUGGCCUUUGGGCUGGCGGCCGAAAUCAGAUGACCAAGGUGCAGCUUUUCCUGAGAAUUCUCGCGCAGGUGGCGGGAUCCGUCAUCGCUUUCGCUGCUUUUGGGCUGUACUACUCUUUCCGCUUCCCUGGAGAAGGUCCGUUCAGUCACUUCCUUGGCCUCGAGAGCGCCUGUAGCGCUGCGGCCACCUUUGUUGCCACGGUGGCCCACAUCAGAGUCCGAGAUGCUCAAUCUCAGAAGGAUUUGGCGAAGGUGUCCUGAGCGACAACGGAAGCCACAAACUCAAAAAAAGACUAGCCC